GCGGCACAUCUCCUUUGUACCGCUCGCUCAGCGUUUCUUGCCUGCGGCCACUUCGCGCCACCAGCCCACUCCAGCUCUGCGCUCGGCCUCCGGGCCUCAGCAGCUCUCUCUCGGCUCGCGCCGUCCUGCCCGCUUCCUCGGCGUGUCGGCCUCGCGCGCCUCUGCGCAUCGCGCUGGCUCGCGAUUGCUACGCUCAGCACUUGGGCCGCUGCUCUUGAGCCUGUUGCCCGACCUGAUUCCGCAUCCGCCUUCCUGAGCCCCUGCGUCCAGCUCGGGCGCGGCCGCGCGAGAUGGCGCCCGGCGUGUCGCGCGGCCGUGUCCGGCCGCACGUCUCGCUCGAUGCUCAGCUGCAGCAGCUGACGCUCUUCAGCGACCUCGAUGCCGAGUCAGAGAACCUCGAGCAGCUGGGUCCCAUCAUCAAGAGCCUGGACGAGGCAGGGCAGAGCGAUGCGUUCCUGCGCCGCCUGCAUGCCUUUGUGCAGGAGAAGGAGUCUGAGAUCGAGGCUGUCUGUGAGGGCAACCAUCAGGACUUCGUCACUGCCACAGACAAGCUGCUCAAGGUCCGCAGCGGCACUGUCUCACUGCGACAUCGGAUCGGCGAGCUGAACGAAGAGGUGCAGGCGGGCGGCGAGAGCCUCAAAGGCAAGAAAAAGGCGCUGGCCGAGACGCGGAGAGUGGCACAGAACGUCGACGACGCCAUCGAAACGCUCCAACUCUGCCUGCGUGUGCUGGACAUGGCUAGCCGGGUGGACGGCCUCAUCGAGUCAAAGCGAUACUACGCCGCACUGCGUUCACUCGAAGAGCUGCAGACUGUGCAUCUCAAGCCCGUGCUGCAUCACGAAUUCGCACGCCACAUGCUCGAGUCGAUGCCCGCGAUGCGCGAUUCUGUACGAACCGCCGUGACGCAAGAGAUGAAGGAGUGGCUCUACGAGGUGCGUCUGAAGGGCGGCAAGGUCGGCAAGCUCGCCCUCGAUGCCAUGGAGGCGCGGCAGAAGCGCUGGCGCAUCAAGAGCGGCAAGGACGCCAUGCUCAGCCUCGCCAAGGUCAACAGUCCGAUUGAGCUUGUGGUGAACGAGCGCGUGGAGUACAACUUCGUCGACAACGAGGAGGUGCGCAUCGACUUUCGGCCGCUGUACCAGUGCGUGCACAUCUACGACGCCAUGGACCUGCGCGAGCAGCUGCAGACCAGCUACCAGGAGGACCGCCGUGCGCAAGCGAACCUGCUCCUUUCACAGGGCCUGUCCUUCGACCCGGCACAUCCGACGUUCCCAGUGCUGCUCGAGGAGGUCGUUGGCUUCUUCCUCGUCGAGCACCACGUGCUGCAGACGAGCCCGCCAGGCUUCCGCUCCGAGGCAGAGGUGGACGACCUAUGGGACAACAUGUGCGAGCGCGUCGUCGACAUUGUCAGCGUCGGGCUGCGCGACUGCCGCGACACGCAGGUAUUCGUGAGCACCAAGGCGGUGAUCCAGACGUUCAUCAUGACGCUCGAGGGCUACUCCUUCACUGUGGCGAAGCUCAACGCGCUACUGUUGACGCUCUUUGAGCGCUAUGCGCAUCUCUUGCGAGACCGGUUCUCAGCAGACUUCCAGCAAGCUGUGCGCGACACGGAGCAUCAACCGAUGAUCGUCGAGAACGCCGAGGAGCUCGGCAAGGUGCUCAAUGUAUGCUGGCUGAAGCCAGGCGACGCAGACGUGCUGCGCAGCCAACCUUUCCCGCUGGCGCUGCCCUUCUCUCAGACGUAUCCGCUGUGCUGCAUGGACAUCCGGCAUCUCGUCGACGAGUACUACACGUUCUCCGACGGCUUCUCGCAGUACCACCGCGACAUCGACGACAUUCUCAAAAAGUCUCUCGACGAGCUGCUCAUUCAGCAGGUCAGCAACAGCAUCCGUGCCUCGGUCGAGUCGACGUCGAAUCUGUCGCAGAUCGCGCAGAUCGUCGUCAACGCCGAGCACUUCAAGCUGGCAUGCACAUCGCUCGAGUCUCUGCUCGCAGCACUGCGUGCGCCGCAUCGUGGCGGUCGCCUGCGUCUCGACGCCAGCGGCCACUUCUCGCAGUCGCUGGACCUCGCUCAGCGGCGAAUCGACGCCGCGCUCGGUGCCAAGCUCAAGGAGUUCGUCGAGAUGGGCGAGUUCGACGCGACGCCGACGCGCCUGCGCACCGAGGAGCCGGAGUACGUCGGCGAGAUGACGCGCUGGCUGACGACGAUGAUGGAGAGCGUGCUCGUGCUGCUACCGCAGGAGACGAAGCUGCUGCACUACCGCUCGGCAUUUGGCUCCAUCGCCUCGUUGCUUCUGAAUGACUUUGUGCUCGACAAGGACACGAGCGUCAUCAACCUCAUGGCCCUGCGCACCAUCACGAACGACGUGGAGCUGCUCUCGCGCGAAGCAGCAUCAAUCGACCCGUCGAUCGACUCGGUGUUCAAUGAGAUCCGGCAGACGCUGUCAAUUCCCUUGCACGAUGCCGUCUCGGAGUACGUGGGCGACGCGCGAGCGCGCAGCACCAAGUAUGCCGAGGCGCAGCCGGCCAAGGUGGCGCUCAUCCUCGAGCGCCUGGCGCGCUUCCACGCCACCAAGGGCCCGGCGCAGGCCGACCUGGCGAACAAGCGCAGCCGCGAGAGGGACAUGGUCGGCCGCCUGGUGCGGCAGCGUGCCUGAGCGAAUGAGCAGAGAGGUCCCCAGCCAGGUGUCCAAGCUCGUCGUCAUCGAUAGCUGCCCUUCACCACCGCCCGUCGCCGAGGAGGCUCCCGGCUGCGCACACUAAUAUAUCCCGUGCUGGCUGUUCUCUGCUGGUCCCUUUUGCUGCCCGGGUGCCGUUCUUGGCUGGAUUGAGCUCCAGCUCCUCUGGGUGCUGUUCCUGGAAAAGGCAGCCGUCGUGCAGGAGUCGCCUGCUGUGCUGUGUGCGCCGAUCUGCUUUCGGACGGAGCACU